UGAGAGCUCGCCACCGCACCUGGAUAUACGUUUACCACUUACUUCGAUACUGCACUAUCUCGAUAACCGGUCCCCUGACUUCUUCUCGAUUUAUCAAUUCUACUGAUACCCUUACGGCUUCUCGAUUACCUCAACAGUUUAUCUACAACUCAUCAUAUUGAUAAAACGCCAUCAUGUCAAACAAUUCUGUCAACGAGGCCAUGGUCGAUGUGACUAUCAAUACCGACAACACCAUUGUGACCAAGGUCGACACUGCACCAACUAUCUAUGACUACACCGAUCUCUCGGCCGACCAAAAGGCGCGCAUCAAUCGCCUCAUCCUCGACAUCGGUCAAGCCUGGCACAUCGUCUCACCUGCGUCACCCUUCCCGUACCAAUACCACCCAGACCCCAACACGCUCAACUGGGGCAUUGAGCUCCUCGCUACACUGUGCUGCCUCGCGAAGAUGACUGGGGAUCAGCUCAGCCUCAAGAACCAAGCAGUGCACUAUGUUUGUCAUAGCAUCGAGGAGCGCAACUUGGAUCUUGAUGUUAUCCAGGGCGACUACGUCAUCCGCCUCGAAGAUAUGGACUAUGCUAUCCGCAAGAUGCGUAACCGUAUCAACAGCUACCGCCCAUGUCGCCCUGGUGAUCGGCGUGGUCGCACGGCAACCAGCAGCCUACGUCGCGGCAGGAGCAGCUACGAUGGACGCGUUGGCAAGGAGAGGAGACGCCGUGGCUGAGAACGAACAUUCGUUGAAGCAACGUACGUGGAAACUUCAAGGAGCUAGUGGCAAGGCGCAGAGGGGUUCAAGAGAAUUUCUGGCA